AAUAGCCCAAUGUGUAGCUUUGCUCUAAGAAAUCAACAACAAACAAUUAAAGUUUCGAGAUUUCUAUUCUUACGAGCGGAUCAUCUUCAGGCAGUGAACAGUUAUUUUUAAUACCCCAAAAUACUAUCGAUACUGCCAUCAGUUACGCUGGUUGUUUUUGUAUAGCAGAAUGAGUGAUUUCACCCAAUUGUUUUUUAUCGGUCCUUUAUCUAAGUGUAACAGACGAAAACUACUCGGUACGGUGAAAUACGGAGACUACAUCAGUAGCAAACGGCAUAAAAAUAAGCCGGUAAUUUGAAGUUACUACUCAGGAUGUCCAGUCAUCUGCCCGAGGAAGAGCAACCUCAGCUUACUUGUGGGGUGUGUCAUCGCCGUUACCAUGAUCCCCGUCUGUUACCAUGUCUGCAUACUUUCUGUACUCGAUGUCUAAGUACUUUAGAACCCUUUGAAUCUGAGCGUGAUGACGUGCUGAAAUAUUCCCUGAACAGUUUUUCUCGUUUGAUGUCACAUGGUGCCUCUGAGUACGAGAGUAAAAAAUCUAGUUUCAGCUCCCUUCUAACUUUGGACAGGUCAAGUUCUCAAGGUAGUAGUUUAUCACGUGGAGUUCAGGUGCUUUGUCCAUCUUGUAACAGUAUUGUGGAUGUGACCAGAGAUGGCGUUCAAGGACUGACUCCAAAUUAUCUUCUUCGGCGCAAAAUCACAAAAAAUGAAGUCCAAGUUACAUCUAAGUCGACCAGCUGUGACAUGUGCACUGCAGUAGCUGAAGCGGUGAGUUAUUGUCAAGACUGUACUGUACGUCUCUGCUCAUUUUGUGCAGAAGCCCAUCGUCGCCAGAAGCAGAGUGCUACACACUUUUUGUCGACAUUGGAGGAAGCACGCGAAAAAGAGCUUUUCGCUGACUACAAGAAACACAUUUGCUUACUUCACAAAUCAUCAGAGGUCAGCAGCUGGUGUGAGUCGUGUCGACAGAUGGUGUGUGACCGCUGUACAAUUGACAAUCAUAGAGACCACCAAAUAAAUGACCUCAGUAAAGUGUACGAAAGUAAAACACAGCUCUUGAAAAAACUGAUGGACUACGUUGUGAGACGGAAGAUCGAUAUUGAAGAAGCCCUCGAAAACAUCCAGGAAGUCCAAAAGCAGCUUAGUGACCAAAUAGAGCAGUCCAGGGAGGAAGUAGAGAGGUUUAUUGCUGCUUACAUAAGAGCAGUUGAAACUCAUCACCAGCACUUGCUUCAGCACAUACAAAGAGUAGAAGUUGGCCGACAACGGGUAUUAAGAUUACAAAGGUUGCAAUUGGAGCAACUUUUUACAGACCUGAAUCACUGGGAGAAUUUCGUCCAAGAGCUUCUUCAAGAUGGAGAUGUUCCAGAAGUAAUGGGAGUAUACCGCCCAGUUCAGAAACGCCUCUUUCACCUGGCCCGCCUGAACCCCCCACUACAACCUCGUGUCUCUCCUGCGUUAAGUUUCUUGCCUCAAGAACAAGUAGGUGACGUGGACGGAUACCUUUUAUAUGGUGUAGUUUCUUCACAAAGUGCUUGUCCAUCUUUAUGUUUUAUUCAGGACGCUGGCCUAAAAAUGAUAAAGGCUGGAUGUAAAACGGAGAUAACGCUGUUCGUGAGAGACUCGGAUGACCAACCUGUAAUUCACAACAGAACCAACAUACAUGUUGAGCUUCGUCGUCUCACAACCACCUUUGAUUCUCGAGAGUCCACCCUAAGAAAGUCUCAGAUUUCCUUAGAAUCCUCCAAACCGCUGGUGCUGUACCACAUGAACAUUCAGGGGAGGGAGCGUUCAAAUAAUAGAUUUAAUGAUUUCCAUAGAACAACUCGCCAUCAAGACCACGUGGAAGUUACAACUCAAAAGGACGGUUCUCAUAUAUUGAGUUUUACAGCAACCCAGACUGGUAAUUUUCGGUUACAUGUUACAGUGAACGGACAAGACAUCAAGGGAAGUCCUUUUCCAGUGACAAUAGCACCAGCCGGUAAACGACACACUGGAGUGUAUCACUGCUGUUCGUUCUGUUCCAGCGGUGGUUCGCGAGAUGCCCGCUGUGCUUGUGGCGGCGUCAUGCCAGGUGGUUACCAAGGUUGUGGUCAUGGUCACAGUGGUCAUCCUGGACAUCACCACUGGAGCUGUUGUGGGAAUUUUGCCGAAAACUCUGAGUGCUCAAAAAGAACCACAGUAUAUGAAUAUACAGUAUGAAAUUUUUACCAAAAAUGAAGUAUCUAUCCACAAACUAUUUGUGACAAAUAACCAAUCUGUACAUUAAAAUAAUUUUAUAUUAUAUUCACUUCAUUACACCUUCUAAUAGCUUUUAGAAGUAAACUGAGUUACUUGUGUCAGUGAAAAAUAAUUGUUAAUGGCGAUUUCUUUUUUUUCACUUAAAAUUUUUUGCAUACAGUAUUAUUUAUAAACAUUUUGACAAACAGACAAAAUUACAGCAUGAAAUUUCUCUGUCCCGGUGUACAAGAUUUGGAGAUCCUAUUGAUUUAUUAUAUUUUUUCAAACUAGGAAUUAAAUAGACUUGUAUAUUUAAAAACAGCUUUUCUUUAGUAAUGAUUAUUAUGUUUUUUUUUUUUAGCCUCAGGACAUAAGAAAUAAAUUCCUUAUUACCAUAGUCUCUAUCUAAUGCUAUAUUUUUCCAUUUAUGAACUUAAUGAAGUCUUUGUAAAAUAGGUCAAUGUAAUAAGUUCAAAGGAUCAAUUACACUAAUACCCAUUGCCUGCAGAGACUAAGUAUGAAACUAUGUAAUCAGUACAUGCCCACACCAAGGAAGAAUAGGGCUAAUUCUACGAAAUCAAAGUGUGGCAAAUGUUAGAGAAAAACAUACCAAAAUAGUAGAGUAUCAGGACAAUAAGAUGACAUUUUAUUCAGGUGGAUGGUAGUUAAUAAAUAUUUAAUAAUUAAUGUGAUACUCACCUAGAAGUUCAUGUUUGUUAUAUUUUUAUAUGUUUAAUAUGCAUAUCAAAGUCUCCCAACACCUAAAAAACUUGCAGAAACCUGGAACAUCUGUAUCAGUCAGAUUGCCACUCAAAAUAUUUCUGUUAUAAAAUAUCAACCUGAAAA